GGUUGUGGGAGGGCUGGGCGGCGGCAGGGCCGUCAUGGGGAACUGCCACACGGUGGGGCCCAACGAGGCGCUGGUGGUGUCAGGUGGCUGCUGUGGCUCUGAUGAGAAGCAAUAUGUGUAUGGAGGCUGGGCCUGGGCUUGGUGGUGCAUUACUGACACCCAGAGGAUUUCCCUAGAGAUAAUGACGUUACAGCCCAGGUGUGAGGACGUAGAGACGGCGGAGGGGGUAGCUAUAACUGUCACAGGUGUGGCACAGGUGAAGAUAAUGACUGAGAAGGAGCUCCUGGCUGUGGCCUGUGAGCAGUUCUUGGGGAAGAACGUGCAGGAUGUGAAGAACGUGGUCCUGCAGACGCUGGAGGGACACCUGCGCUCCAUCCUGGGUACCCUGACAGUGGAGCAGAUCUACCAGGACAGGGACCAGUUUGCCAAGCUGGUGCGGGAGGUGGCAGCUCCUGAUGUGGGUCGCAUGGGGAUCGAGAUCCUGAGUUUCACCAUCAAGGAUGUCUAUGAUAAAGUGGAUUACCUGAGCUCUCUGGGGAAGACUCAGAUUGCAGCUGUCCAAAGGGAUGCAGACAUUGGAGUGGCAGAAGCCGAGCGGGAUGCUGGUAUUCGGGAGGCAGAGUGCAAGAAAGAAAUGCUGGAUGUCAAGUUCAUGGCAGAUACCAAAAUAGCAGAUUCCAAACGAGCUUUUGAGUUGCAGAAAGCUGCCUUCACUGAGGAGGUCAACAUUAAGACUGCAGAGGCCCAGCUGGCCUACGAGCUCCAGAGUGCCCGGGAGCAGCAGAAGAUCCGUCAGGAGGAGAUCGAAAUCGAGGUGGUGGAGCGCAAGAAGCAGAUUGAGGUGGAGGAGAAGGAGGUGGUGCGGAUGGAGAAGGAGCUGGUGGCCACCGUGAAGCAGCCGGCUGAGGCCGAAGCCUAUCGCAUCCAGCAGAUCGCUGAGGGAGAGAAGCUGAAGCAAAUCCUCCUUGCUCAGGCGGAGGCAGAAAAGAUCCGCAAGAUUGGAGAGGCCGAGGCUUUUGUGAUCGAGGCUGUUGGGAUGGCGGAGGCUGAGGGGUUGAAGCUGAAAGCAGAGGCGCUCCAGAAGUAUGGAGAAGCUGCCCAGCUAGCUCUAGUGCUGGAUGCACUGCCUGAGAUCGCUGCCAAAGUAUCUGCUCCCCUCUCCAAAGUGGAUGAGAUUGUUAUUCUCAGUGGAGAGAAAGGCAGCACCAUGUCUGAUGUGAACCGUCUCCUGGCUGAGGUCCCCGCCUCUGUGCGUGCCAUCACUGGUGUGGAUCUCACAAAGCUUCCUCUGUUCCAGAGAGCCACCGAGGCCAUGAAAUGAGGCUGACCAACCCAAAGCUAGUGAAGAUCACUCCUUGUUAUGCACUCAAACAUCAACUGUCUUUGACACAUGGGAAUUCCUUUUAUAUCAAAGACAAUCCGAGUUUCGUUUGUAACUGGUGCCUUAUUUUGUAGGGCCAGAAAGAUGCAUGUCCUGUCUGCUGAUCUUUUU